UAUGAAAGCAUUGGUAAUACGAAAAACGAAGGUUGGUAAAUGCCCAGCUGUCUUGCUGAACAAGCUAUGAAUAACUUGAAGUAACUUCCCCGACCCAGAAAAAUCCAAUUUACAACCAUGGGGAAAGAAUCAGAUCUUCUCAAGGCAGUGAAGGAAAAAGAUACCAGUAAAAUACAGAAACUACUUUCAUCCACUUCAAAACGAAGCAAAGAUGAAAGUUUAAGUUGGAAAAGUGUCGACUCAAGUAACCAAAUGAGAGUUGAGCUGCGGCACAUAGACGUGAAUACUCGAGAGAAAAGCACAGGGUUCACUCCUCUGUCUUUGGCUGUUCUAAAUGGAAUGAAAAGCACAGCUGAGCGUUUAAUCUUCAACUGUGCAGAUGUAAAUGCUCUUGAUGACAAUGGAAACACCCCAUUACACUUGGCUGCCUUUGGAGGUCAUCUAGAUCUGGUAGAGUUAUUACUUCAAAAUGAAGCAGAGGUGAACUCCCAAAACAGUGAUGGCAACACAGCACUGCACCUGGCCAGUGAAAACUACUCUCAUGCACAGAUCAAGAUAAUCAGGACUCUUGUCAAAGCAGGUGCUAAUGUGUGGACUCAGAAUAAACAUGAGCUCACUCCUCUUGAUUUAGGAGCCAGAUUCAAAAGAGAUGGUGCAGUGACGGCGUUACUAGAGUAUGCUCCGACCCUGGUUAGCAACAGAGUGGCCAUCGUCGACGCCGCCAUCAGGGGCCACUACAGUACUGUGGAGAUUCUUCUAGAGCACGGUGUCAGCCCCAACUUGUUGGACGACCACCACGGCAGUUAUCCCUUGCACGAGGCUCUACGUUACAACAGAGCCCACUGAGUCUGGCCCGACUACUGAGACCCCACACACAACACCAAGUAUUGGAACUUUUAAAAGACCAGUACAAGAAAACCCCACGAUUCCCGACAAAGCUGGACCACACAGACUCCCCCAGAACCCCAGACAGAACGACCCCACCUGGCCAUAUCAAAAAUUAUCCCAAACUCCCCAAUGACAUCUCAUGGACACAGAACCGACCUCUAUUCUGCAACUCCUGUACAGAGCGAAAUCCAAAUAGUCACAUCCUUGAUGAUAAUCUGAGAACGUUUUGGGUGGUACCAGUACUUCAUGAUGCUUGGACGAUAUUCGACCUCCAGUCAGAACACAUCAUAACUGGAGUCACUAUUUUUGGCUGGAAUAGUCCACAGAUGAUUAGAACAUUCCAGAUCCAAGUUGCUGACUCACUACAAGGCCCUUGGACUGUCAUGACGUCUCACACCUGUCAACGACUGGGCAGUUCUGAUCCCAAAGAAGAAGCAUUUCCCCAAGACUUCUUUGGCUUCACGUUCCGCAGUCGCUAUCUGCGCCUGUACCUUGUGGACAACCAUGAGGGCAGCCACAUGUGUUUCCAGGGCAUCCAGUUCCACGGAGCCGACUGUCUUGUCGUCGAUACCCUGCAGGCGUGUCAGCUCUCCCCCAUCACUGACGCCAUUAUCCUGCAGGGGUUGAAUACAUGGAAGAAGUUCCUGGACAUCACACCUGAACAAGUGUACGAACUGGUGCCUGAUGCUGCAAAAAAAGCUUCAUUGUUGGAGGCACUGUACAAGGGAAGAAAAGAGAUGUACCCCAUGACAGUUCUGUCGUGGGUCGUCCCACCUGCUACAACAGUGUUUGUCGGAGAGGCCUUGCCGGACUUCAGUGUCCAGUCUGACCCUGGGGUCACGGAGGUCAUUCAGCUGAUAGUUCAAGGUGGGCAGGUUUCGGGAGACACUUGUCGACGCCUUAUACCGGGGCCUGAUGGCAAUCCCUCUACAGCAACAUUUUCUAAUGUGGUCAUCCAACCAGCUGGCCUCUACUCCAUCCUCGUGCAAGGAAUAAACACCAACAUCACUUUAAUGUGUCCCAAACCAGUGGAAGUCCGUCCUGAAGUGAGAUCUGAGAACGACAUCAGUUCUGCCUUUGAUGAGAUUCAGCAAAUGCUCAGUGAGAUGCAAGCCGCUAUUCCUGACCCGAAGUAGUGAACCCAUGGACAUCUCGUUCUAUAUCUUACUCCUUUGUCCAUUUAUUUGUACAGUAUAAUACGGAUAGCUUGAAUUCAUCGGGACCAGCUUCAGUAGUUCGAGGGAUCCAUAGUUUGAGAAAUCCAUAGUUCAAGGGAUAUCUUACAAAUAUAAAGAAGAAGAA